ACAGCUCCGAGUUCUAACAGAAGUCUGAGGUGUACAGGGUGAAGAGAAGAGGGGCCAGCACUGUGCCCUGGGGGGCUCCAGUGCUGCUGACCACAGUGUCAGACGUGAUGUCCUUCAGCCUGAUGUACUGUGGCCUGCCAGUGAGGUAGUCGGAGAUCCAGUCCACCAGGUAGGGGUCCACUCCCAUGUAAGCAUGGGGGGCUGGAUGGUAUUAAAGGCACUGGAGAAGUCCAAGAAGAGAAUCCUCACUGUACCGCUUCCCUUAUCCAGAUGGGAGUGGGCUCAGUGUAGCAGGUAGAGGAUGGCAUCCUCCACACCAACACCUUGCCGGUAUGCGAACUGCAGGCGAUCCUGGGCGUGUUGCACCUGGGGUCUGAGGAGACUGAGGAAGAUCCGCUCCAACAUCUUCAUCAGGUGUGAAGUGAGUGCCACCGGUCGGAAGUCAUUCAGCUCGCUGCGCUGGUUCUUCUUUGGAACUGGAACAAUGCAGGAUGUCUUCCAGAGGGUGGGCACUCUCCCUAGCUGCAGGCUGAGGUUGAAGAUCCGUUGUAGUGGUUCCCCCAGUUCUGCAGCGCAGGUCUUCAGCAGUCUUGGACACACUUUGUCCGGACCUGCUGCUUUCCUGGGCCGGAGCUUCUUCAGCUGUCCUCUGACCUGGUCUGUGGUGAUAUGAGGAGGAGAUUGUGUUGAGGUGGGGAGGAGGAGGGGGGUAUUGUGGUGUCUGGGGGGAAGAAGGAAAGAUGGCUGCAGUGAGGGUGGGGGUGGGGGUGGUGAGGACAGGGGCUGGUUGAACCUAUUGAAGAAGUCAUUCAGUUCGUUUGCCCUCUCCAUUGUCCCCCCUACAGCUCUGGUCUUUGUGUUGUGGCCUGUGAUGGUCUUCACACCUUGCCAGACCUCCCUCAUGUUGUUUUCCCUCAGCUUCUGCUCCACCUUUCUCCUGUAGCUGUCCUUAGCUUACCUCACACAGUGUUUCACCUCCUGCUGUGCUGCCUUCAUGGCCUCCCUGUCUCUGCUACUGAAAGCAGCCUUCUUCCUGUUGAGGACAGCCUUGACUUCCCGUGUUACCCAUGGCUUGUUGUUAGGGUAACAGCAGACUGUCUUGACAGGGAGACCACAUCUGCGCAGAAGUUCAGGUACUCUGUCAGACAGUGUGUCAUCCCCUCUGUGUCCUCCUCAUGUGGGUUGAUCAGCACAUCCCAGACCGUGGUGUUGUAACAGUCUCUCAGGGCACUUUCCAACUCAGGGGACCACCUCCUGAUGGACUAAGUUGUCACCAGCUGCUUUUGGACCAGGGGGGUGUACAGUGGCUGUAGGUGAACCAGAUUAUGAUCAGACUUCACAAGGGAGGGGAGUCGCUCUGUAUGCAUCCCUUACAUUAACAUACAGAAGAUCAAUUGUCCUGUUGUUUGUAGUAGGACAGUCUACAACCUGAUUAAAAACAGCCAAGGUAGAGUCCAAAGUUACGUGGUUAAAGUCCCCAGAGAUGAUCAUAAGUGCCUCAGGGUGCUGUGUCUGCAGCCUUGCUGUGACAGAGUGGAUCUUCUCACAUACUGUGGCCGCAGGCUAACAGCUAGCAGCUCGAGGUCACGGCAGCACAAGACUGUCUUUACGGAGAUAUGUCCUGGGUUACACCAGCGGUUGUUCACAUACAUGUUGAGUCCCCCACCUUUGCUUUUACCGCUUGCUUUAGUGUCUCUGUCAGUUCUCACGGCAGUGAAUCCCAGCAGGUCCACGUUAGCAUCCGGUACGAGGUGGUUUAGCCAUGUCUCCGUAAAGAUGAACAAGCUGCUCUCACGGUAGAUCCGCUGGUUGUUCAGUGCGGAUAGCUCGUCGAUCUUGUUAUUCUUGUUGUAAAAAGGUUAAAAGAGCUAAAAACUAGAGAGCUACUGGAGAGGCAGCCGUCUCCCACAGCGCCAGACUACUUAUAUUAACUUCAAAACGACACAAACUGUACUUGAGGCAGUGGAGUCAGGUGAAGGUAAAAACCAGUAGUGAUGAUAUGAAGAGAGUAAAUGAGUUUUAGGUUAAGGUUUCUAUUUUUAUUCAAACUUAAUAUUUUCUUAAAAGGACACUAGAACUGAACAUUAAUAGGAAUUAAAACAGUUUAGCAGGUCUAUUUAUUUAUUUAGUCAUAUGUAUAGUUGUUUUUUAAACUUCAUUGCCCCCCACCAUCCUCCUGAAACCAAACCCACACCCUUGGACAAAGUAACAGAGAUUUUGUUGUUAUGUAGGUGAACUGAGCCUUUAAAAUCCUGCAGCAGGCUAUUGGGCAGUAAGAUAUUUCCUGUCACAGAUGAUGACGUCCUGCACUCCACUGACCUCCUUCACUCUGAGCUCAGCGACAGCAACGGGCAGCGUGGUGGUGGUCACACAGGUUCGCCAAGAUGUCGGCCAUGUUUUACCUCCACUUCUGGGCACCGAGGACCCUGCAGAUACCUACACCUUCAACAGAGCACGACCGGUGGUGUUUGGGAUUGUGCAGAUCAUCAUCAGUCUGAUCAUCCUGGUUCUGGGGAUUGUCAUGCAGCGGCACACAGAUACACUGGUGAUUCACAGUGGCGUCUUCAUCUGGGGACCAGUGAUUUUCUUCAUAGCUGGGUUUUUGACGGUGGCUGCUGGGAUGUCAUCGAGCAGUUUUCUGAUUAAAAGUGCUAUGACCUUCAACACCAUUGCUGCUGUGGUUUCAAUUGUUGCCACCGUGAUCUACUUUCUGGGUGUGUCUGCCAUUUUGACGACUAAUUCUAGCUUCCCCCCCUUUGGGAACCACGAUGAAGACAAAGACACGACGGCGAUGUUUGCAGGUUUCUCUGCUGUUCUCUGUUUCCUGGAGUUUGGCUUGUCCGUCAGCAUUGCCUUGAGUGGCUGCAGAGGUUCCUGUGACACCAUAGCUCAGCCAUUCACCAUCACCAACCAGUUCUAUGGAACUACUUCAGUGACUGUAGAGACUCCACCUAGAUCUCAAACCCCACCAAUCCCCGCAGCCCUGCCACCUCCCUAUGAGAAGCCUCCAAAGUACAGCAGCAUCAUCUUCUGAGGCCCCACCCCUUCUCAGUGACAGUAAACAUCAUGGAUGAACAAUACCUCCACCUCCACAACCAUCACCACCUGCACCUCACGUCCUUUAAUCAGCCCACUCAUUACACCACUCUAACUCAGAUGUUUAUGAAAUGAUUGGUUGUGAUUACAAAUCUUUGGCUUUUUUAGAAUAAACACAGCAAACUCUGA